CCCCAGGCUCCACUUCCGAUCUUGCGCACCAGGCGGCUGCCAUGGCGUCCUCCCGCUUGCCUCCCGGGGCGCUGACGCUGAAGCAGUUCAUGAGAAGACAACAAGUUCUCGUCCUCUACAGAAAGAUCUUGCGAGCGAUUAGGCAAGUUCCCAGUGAGGCUGACCGAAAGUACCUUCAGGACUGGGCCAGGGAAGAAUUCAAAAGGAACAAAAGCGCCACAGAAGAGGAUACAAUCCGAAUGAUGAUUACUCAAGGCAAUAUGCAGCUAAAGGAAUUAGAAAGGACACUCGCUUUAGCAAAGUCUUAACCGGAAGGUUUUCAGAUCCCCAUACAUUUUGUACGGGCUCAAAGCCACUGUCACAAAGGACAAGAUGAUUAUGCCAAUCAAGCAUGCAAGGCAAGGCGCUGACAUUUCCACUACAGUGGCUGCAAGUGACCUAGCGUGAAGAUGGGCGCUUGGAACCGUACACUCAGGUGAAAGUAAAACAGCAGCAGCCACUUUGGGAAACAGACUAUUAGUUCUUGAAAAGGUAACUAGAGGGCUUGGUGAGAUGGCGCCGCGGAUAAGGAAGGCUCUUGCUGCCAGGAACAUGAGUUUGACCCCUGGACCUACUGGUGGAAGGAGAGAACCACUUCAGAAAGUUGUCUAUCCUCUGACCUCCUCACGGUCUCUGCGGCACAUAAACAAGAGAGAGAGAAUGUGAUUAUAAAUAAAUAAAUAAAUAAAUAAAUAAAUAAAAGGUGACACAGAGUUACCUCAUACAUCAGCAAGUCUUGACUUUAAUCAAGAGAACUGAAGCCAUGCCUAUAAAAAGUAUAUACAGAGUUCUUUUUUUGUUUUGUUUUGGACACAGGUUUUUCUCUUUGUAGAUCAGGCUGGCCUCGAACUCACAGAGAUCCACCUGCCUCUGCCUCCCAAGUGCUGGGAUUAAAGGUGUGCACCACCACCUCCAGGCAAUGUGUCCAAAUGUUACAUCAGUUAGAGCCAUCUGCAGGUCUCGUGCUUUGAAGGUAAGGGUUACAGUUCAGGGAAGAUCCAUGUUUUUGUUAGAAACAGGAGAGCUUUGUGUGUUUUUCAGUAAACAGUUUAAUGCUCUGUAGAGCAUGUGUGGGUUUUGCUGUACCAUCUUUAGACUAAGGGUAUGGUGUGACCUCCCUACCUCAAGCUGAAAAAACAAAACAAAGACAAAAAUAGAACUGGCAGGGUACUGAUUCUAGGAGAUGCUCCACCACAGUGUCUCAACCUGAAUGACUCUUGCAUGGGGUCACAUACCAGAAACUUCCAUUACGAUUCAUAACUAGCAAAAUUACAGUCAUGAAGUAGCAACUGAACAAUUUUGUGGUUGGGGUCCCACAGCAUGUAUCAGGGGCUUUGCUCUUCAGGUGUGCUACGGUUUAUGGCCGGAGCUUUGUUGGAAAUGAAAGGGAUGAGAACACUGAAAAGCAAAAAGAGGAGGAAGACUGGGCAGUUCAACUCCUGCGCCUAACAUCCUCAUGGACACCGAGCCAUCAAGGCAGAGUCUUGGUCCACUGCGCUCUCCUUCAAAAAUGGGAGAAAGAAAUACAUCACAAAGUUGACAUCAGGGCCCUUGAGAUAAAAUUCAUACACAAUUGAGUGGAAGUGGAAACUUGUUGAGGAUUCUGAAGCUAUCCUGUAGGCAGUCUGUGUCCUGUCAACAUCACAGAUUCCAGGCUGGGAACCUAACUUGUACUGGGUGCCUGGAAAGAUGGUGCAAAAUGUGCUUGACCUGUGUGGCCUGAGCACAGCGCCACCUCCUGGAGCCUUGGGGUCCCACACACAGUUCUGCUUGCUAAGUGAGCUAACUCCAUGCUUUUCUAAGCCAAUAAAUAUACAGCCUGUGCUGUAUAUUGCUAGCAAGCAUUUGUGAACAAUUUGGGUUUUUGUUUUUGAAACCAGGUCUCCUGUUUUAAUCCUCCAUCCUCCACCUACCAAGUGCCAGGAUUGCGGAUGUGUUUCUGUGAACAUUGUUGAAAAGAGAGGACUUGGAAUGGUCCCCUCAUGUGGUCUGCUUGACAUUCAAAUUCAAAUACAGACUCUGAGGAGGUCUAAUAUCUUGGAACUAAACAGCAGUCAUGAGAUGUGGAUGCUAAUGAUGAUCCAACAGUGGCGUACAGGGAAUUCUUUAAAAGCGUAUACAGCUGCCAAUCACCCUAAGGCAAGCUGGGGUUCGAUUUUGUUUCUCUGAACUUACUAUGUAGCUCUGGCUGCCAUAAACUCAGAGAUCUACCUGCCUCUGCCAAGUGCCGGGCAUGUGCUACCACACCCUGCGUAAUUAUUUUUAGAGCAGAUAAAACACUUUGGGUGAAAUUAUUUUCAGAGGGAAAGGUUAGUGCAGUACCCAGAUGUGCCUUCAUCUCCAAGGGACAGUUCUAAUUGGCUCACUCGGGUGCUUUGAUUAGCCCCUUUCUGGCUUAUAGGCCAAGUCUUGCUUGGCUCCUUCGUGUGUGUGUGUGUGUGUGUGUGUGUGAUUAUUUAUUUUAUGUGCAUUGAUGUUUUGCCUGCAUGUGUGUCUGUGUGAGUGUGUGGAUCCCUUAGAGCUAUAAUUACAGACAGUUGUGAGCUGCCAUGUCGGUGCUAGGAAUUGACCCUGGGUCAUGAGAAGGGUCUUUCAGCAGUGUUUUCCUUGGGUGCAGGACCACAGUUGAGACGUUGGCCAGAUAGAGAUGCUGGUAAAGUUUUACUCGUCCUGAAUUCAGUUUAUUUGGACUCAGGAUUGUACAGCCUAUCGACCGUUAUCUGUUUGAAUGUCAGACUCAUACUUGUUCCUAGAACUUAAGAUGUUUUAACAAUUGGCUUUAUGCAUGUGAAUCAACAACAAUCCACCUCUAAUCCAGUACCUUGAGUUCUAGGCCAGCCAGAUCUGCAUAGUUGAAACCCUGUCUCACAAGAGAGAAAUUAACAAACAGGAGAAAGAUUUCCCACAAAAGCUUUGUGUAACACAUAAGCGGCUGAAGCCACAACAGUUUGCCCUGCUUCACCUGCCUCCUCUAAAGGGGCGGUCGGGUUGCACCUUUCAGACUCAGCACAGCAAGCAUUGCCGUGGAUGUGCCCGGACAUCAGUCCGUGGAAACCGAGGACAGCAUGAGCAUCAGUUACACCAGCAGUGCCUUGGGAGACACGGGCCAGCAGAACUAAGGAAAAGGCCUUCCGAACGGAAGUAGCCUACACGUGCCUUGGAAAAGGAUUAUAUAGAAUCAGGCUCACAUUUAAAAACAAAAGUCAUCCUAAUAAAUCACAGAUCACAGGAUUUAGGAUUUUGAGAAAUUAUAUUCUCAUUAGAUUUAGAUUUUUAGGGAGUUGGAGAGAUGGCUCAACAGUUAAGAGCAUACGACCCUUGAAGAGGACCUGAGUUCAGAUCCCAGUACCCACAUGGGGUGGCUUUGACUGCCUGUUACUCCAGCUGCAGGGGACCCAGAGCUAAGCAAGUACCUGUACUCACAUUCAUGUGCCCACCCCCAACACACAAGAUUAAGCCUUUUUUAUUACCAUUUGCAUUUACUGAAAAUCAAUUUGUUCUUGUAUUUUUUAAAAGUGCUAUCCUGUCCUGUACCUUGUGGUAUUAAUAUGCUUGCAUUAACAACAUUAAAGGAUGCAAGACACCUGCAGUUGACUUUAGAUGCAUUUGCUCUAAGUCAGCAAAAUGACCGGGUGCAGGCUGUCUUUCAGGAACUCUUGAGUGCCGUCAGCAGAACAAAUGGCCAUAAAUAAGGAACAGAGAACCAACAGAACUGAAAACAAUGUUUAAUGCUUGCAGGAAACACAAGUUCAAGGUGAGAAAAACAUGAGACAACAUGCCUUUCACCAAAAAUAAAAUUUAAAAAAAGACACGUGAAAAGCCUGUUUUGAACUUCCCAAGUCAAAAACGACGCGAGGACUCACACAUCCACCACAGAUAUUUAGUAUACAGUGUACUGGAUGUGCUAACUCUUUUUUUUUUUUUAAAGGACAUGAAUAAUGUACAACUUUACUUUUUCCACAGCUGUUGACACUUUAGGCCUCUGAAGCAUGACCUACAUGAGAAUACAUGAUAUAAACAGUGAUUUGUCAA